AUGAAAUACUGCUUCGCUGUUUGGUUCCCCACCACGCCUGCUCUCUUCAAGGAGUAUGGGGAGGUGCUGGUGGCGAGCGGAUGUGUGGGCGAGGCCAUGCGCGUGUUUGAGACGAAUGAGCUGUGGGACCAUCUCAUCGACUGCUACAGCCUUUUGGGAAAACGGGCAGCAGCAGCAGCGCUGGUGACGGCGAGGUUGAAGGAGCAGAAGGAGGAUCCACGCCUGUGGUGCUGCCUGGGGGAUCUGACGGAGAAGAAAGAGUGCUAUGAGAAGGCCUGGGAGUUUUCCCGACACAGAUAUGCACGCGCACAGAGAGCACUAGCACGCAUGGCAAUGAACAGCAAGGAUUUCAAGGCAGCCAUGGCUCACUGGGAGGCUGCGCUGGCAAUCAGCCCGCUGCAUGCAUCUGCCUGGUUCUCCUUGGGCUACUCUGCUAUUCAGGCGUGUGAUGGGGACAAGGCGCUGUAUGCGCUCACACGUUCAGUGCAGAUCGACCCCGACAACGGGGAGGCGUGGAACAACCUGGCGGUGCUCAACUUACAGCGCAACCGAAUGCAAGAGGCGUUUAAGACGCUACAGGAGGCACUUAAGCACAAGGGAGAGGACUGGCACCUGUGGGAAAACUUUGCGAAGGUGGCUCUGGAUGUGAAGAGCUACCAGCAGGUGCGGUGGGUUGCCAGCAGGUGUGAUGCGGUGCCGGCAGGUGGGGCAGGGUGCCACCAGCGCCUACUUCCUCUCUCUCCCUGCUCUAACCUGCCCCCAACCCAACCCCAUGCCACCUCCCCCAUUCUCCCCCCACCCAUUCCUCUCCCUCCUCUCUCUCUCUCCCCCCAAAGGCUGGAAAGCGGGUCGACACGGGUGUUGCUUCAACCCACCCUCCCCCACCCCCCACUUUCCCCUCUCUCACUCCCCCGCCCCCCAAAGGCGGUGAGAGCAGCAUCACGAGUGGUGGAGCUCACUCAAGGCAAGCGGGUCGACACAACCGUGCUAGAGGGGCUGAUAGGGGUGGUGGAGAGGAAUAGGAGAGGCGGGAAAGGGGAGGAGGAGGAGAAGACCGGUGAUGGCGAGGGAGGAAGAAGGGGAGAGGAGGGUGGAGGUGAGGGUGGUGGGGAGGGGUUGGAGGGGAGAGAUGGGGAUGGUGGUGAGAUUGAUGAUUUGAUGAUGAGUUUACAGCCGUUGGAUCUGGGCAAGAUGGCAGGGGGAGAGGAGGCGGUGGGCGGGGAGGGUGGAGGAGAGGGUGGAGGAGAGGGGAAUGGUGUGCCAGAAACGAAUGGUGCUUAUAAGGAGGAUGGAGGGACGCAAGCAGGGAGUGGUGGUCCCAUGAACGAAAGGGAGGCCGCCAGGCUUGAAACCGAGCUCAUAAAGCUUCUGGGAAAGGCGGUGGCGUCAGGAGCAGGAGUGCCGGAGAUUUACCGCCUGCAAGGAACCUUCCUGGAAGCCGUGGGCGAUGCUGACGUGGCAGCGGAGGCCUUCCUGCGCCACGUGCGCUCUCUGCAGUCUGCCAGCUGGCAGCACGGCGAGCCAGACGCGUUCCGCCAGCUGACACGGGCGGCGCUGAGGUGGACGGUGGCAGUGGUGCGAGGGGUGGCUGGGGAAGAGGGGGUGGAGGAAGUAAAGAGGGAAGGAGUGGAGGAGAGAGAAGGGGAGGGAGUGAGAGUGAGUGGUGCUGGCAAAAGGAGGUUGGCAUCGGUGCGCAUGCUUCUAGGCAACAUCUUGAAGCAGUUAGCACUAUGGAGGCUAGAGGGGAAUAGUAGUGGUGGUGACACUACUGGUGUAACAUGA